CAUGAAUCCGAUUGGCGGCGUUGUUUGUUUGACAUUUCCAUUGUAUUUCAUCGUGCGAGUGGGUUCAGACUAGAAUUCUUAUUUCGCUUAAGGUGAAAAAUAUUGCAUAAAAAUCGUGAAACUCUGCCACGGUGAGCGGGCGAUAAAAGCAAAGAUGCGAAAGGAUAUUAAGCCGAGCAUUUGAAUCCAAAAAAGGAUUUACAUAUAUUUCUUUUUAUAUUACAAAAGUGCAAAAUUACGUUUAAGUUGAAUAUAAGUUAAUUCAGGUAAUUUUAAAGAAACGAAGAUACAAAAACAAAGAACGGCAAAACACGAAAUGCCUUCACCAACAUCAACCGUAGCGUCGACAGUUGUUGCGACACCAGCAAUCAUCGAUGAAAUGCCAGAAAUGAAUGGCGUGCGACAAACGGACAGCAUGUCAAAUUUAAGUGACAUGUCUGGUAAUACGGCAGUACAAACGAAUCGACCACGUAUGGACGUUGCAUGCGUCAUUGACACCGUACAUCCAGACCAUAUAGCACAUCGAAAAUGUGCACUCGAUGAACUAAAACAAGCAUGCUCUCUCACCAAUGCCAAUUUGCACCAGAUUCAGUUUGAAAAAUUGGAUUUUGGCGAAACAAAUGUAUUGGAUACGUUCUAUAAUGCGGAUGUAGCAGUUGUCGAUCUUAGCGUUCAACUUCAACAAAGUGCCUUAUCCUAUCAUUUAGGAGUGCGUGAGAGUUUCGGCAUGAAAGGAAACAUUCUAUUGUAUAAUGACAUUCAAACGGAGCAAACACUUCGAUUGAAACUAUCAUGUGGCAAUUACACGUUUCUUCCAUACAUUUUACAAGAUUGCGGAUCAUGCGUGCUGACAAACACAACAAAAGAAUCGUGCGAGAAUAAGCAAUCGCUCAUGCUUAAAUUCAAAAAAUUAUUGCAAGAUGUUGAAAUUCAAUCCAAGACACAUAUGCGUGAGAAAUUUUUGAGUGAUUUGCGUCUGGCUCGCGAACAAUAUGUAAAUAAUACGGAGGAAUUGACAAAAGUAUUGCACAAUAUGCGAAAGCGAUUGGAUGAUCCGAAUGUGUUAUCUGGCGAAGUGGUACAUUCGUACAUGUGUUCGUUGCGUGAUACCCAAGAUUAUGAUGCAAUGGUUCAGCUGGUCAAUGACCUGCGAACAAUACCAAAUAAACGAAAGCACAUCGAAACUGGCAACAUGAAAUAUAUGUAUGCGUUUGCAUUGAAUCGACGAAAUGCAGACGGUGAUCGUGAAAAAGCGCUAAAUACAUGUGUCAAAGCAUUAGAACGUAAAGAGAACCAUUUUCCUGAUAUGUUAUGUUUGUGCGGACGAAUUUAUAAAGAUAAAUUUGUUGAAUCGAAUCACACCGAUAUGGAUAGUUUGAAAAAUGCCAUCCGAUGGUAUCGACGCAGUUUUGAAGUACAACCAAACGAAUAUGCUGGCAUCAAUUUGGCCACAUUGCUUGUGAUUGAUGGCAAAGAUUUUUCCAAUACGGAAGAACUGCAACACAUCGGUAUGGUGUUGAAUAAUUUAAUUGGGAAAAAAGGUAGUUUAUUCUCAUUGAAUGAAUAUUGGGAUGUUGCAACAUUUUUCGAAAUAUCAGUACUGGCCGAAGAUUAUAGUAAAGCCAUUCAAGCAGCCGAAUGUAUGUUCAAAUUGAAACCACCGAAUUGGUAUUUAAAAUCAACGAUUGGAAAUAUUGCGUUGAUUGAUCGCUUUCGUAAAAAGACUGAUGACGUUGAACAGAGUCCGGAACAAAGUAUUUUUCAAUUUUGGAUGGAAUUCUUUCAUGAAGCAACCAAGGAAGGUGAUCUGGAUAUGAUUCGAUUUCCGAUUUUGAUAUUGGAGCCGCAACGAAUUUUUAUGCCAAGUUUCGUGAUCAUCAAUAUUGGUGCCGAAGAGCAAUCGAUACAAAUAACCAAUUUGUGUCUGGCACAUUCGAAAGGAACAUGCAAAAAAGUGCAUGAUUUUCUUUUCACCGCCAAUCAAAUUAAAUCAGUUAGUUUAUACAAGCGUGACGAGCGUUCCGCCUAUUUAUAUGUACAUCACAAUUCGGAUGAUUUUCAAAUGUAUUUUCCAUCGGCUUAUUGUCGACAACGUUUUUAUGAUUUGGUUCGCGAAAUGACCGCCGAUCAAGAAGUAUUUGUAGAUUUAUCGGUCGAUACGAAUCCCAUUCAGGAUUAUGAAUACGAUGUUGAUGAUCAGGGUCGUCGAAUUAUAUUAGGUAAAGGUACUUAUGGUGUUGUUUAUGCGGCACGUGAUCUUAAUACUCAUGUUCGGAUCGCUGUGAAAGAAGUACCUGAAAAAUUUACACAUGAAGUACAACCAUUGCACGAAGAAAUUAAAUUGCAUUCCCAGCUACGGCAUCGGAAUAUUGUACAGUACUUAGGUUCUGUGUCGGAGAAUGGAUUUUUUAAAAUUUUCAUGGAGCAAGUGCCAGGUGGUUCUCUGUCGGCAUUGCUGCGAUCCAAAUGGGGCCCACUUAAAGAUAACGAAUCAACCAUAGCAUUUUAUUCAAAACAAAUUCUCGAAGGGUUGAAAUAUUUACACGAUCAAAAAAUUGUACAUCGUGACAUUAAAGGCGAUAAUGUUCUUGUUAAUACAUACAGUGGUGUUUUGAAAAUUUCCGAUUUCGGUACCAGCAAGCGAUUAGCAGGAAUAAAUCCAAUCACCGAAACAUUUGCUGGUACAUUGCAAUACAUGGCACCCGAAGUCAUCGAUCAAGGUUUUCGAGGCUAUGGACCGGCGGCUGAUGUCUGGUCAUUUGGUUGUACAAAUGUUGAAAUGGCAACGGGGAAACCGCCAUUUGUUGAACUGGGAUCACCGCAAGCGGCCAUGUUCAAAGUUGGCUUCUACAAAAGUCAUCCGGAAAUUCCGGAAAUGUCUUCGAUGGCCGAGAGAUUCAUUCUACGUUGUUUUGAAGUUGAUGUUGAUAAACGUGCAACAGCCGCUCAAUUGCUAGAAGAUCCAUUUUUAUCCGAGAAACAUCGAAAAUCACGUAUUUUAAACCCGACAAAUAAUACCGAAUUCAUACGAAGCGUUUCCGUUCCGGCGGAUCGAAUGAUUUCUAAGAAUGCCCCACCAUUUAAUCCAAUUACAACACCUGUCACACCCGAUUUGGAUAGCACGUCUAUGUCAACCCGAACAUCACCGAAAACAUUAUCUCGAACUCAUUUGGCACCAAUUCAAAUACCCAUUCCAAUUAUAAUGACCCAAAGUUUGGCGUGUUCACCGUUAAUCGAUACUGAUCAUGAUGUAGACACAACGUUCAGUUUGAAUCGACGAAGUUCAUCGGGCGUAUUACUAUCGCCUGAAGUUGAAAUGACCGGCAGCAUCAGCAAACCAUUGACUGAAGCAUCCGAAAGUGAUGGAUUUUAUAUGCUAAAAAAAGACUCACAACGUCGAACAACCCUAUCGAAAGUAUUAACGCACGAUGAGCAAAAAAUCUGUGAUGUUUGGAUGGACAAAAUUGAAAAUAAUCACAAUGUUCAAGUUGUCAUUAGCAAGGAUAACCUUGAAACCAUGAGCCGAGCCUUGCGUGAUUAUAUUAUCGACCAAAAUACGGAAUCACUGCAAAAUGUUCUAAUUUCACUUAAGAAGAAACUGAGCUCCGAUGCAACGGCAAUCGACCAUCUACAUUUAGCGCUGUAUUCAUUUCAAGAUGCCGUAAAUACAGUGCUUCGAUCACACAGUAUCAAACCUCAUUGGAUGUUCGCGUUGGAUAGUUUAGUUAGUAAUGCCGUCCAAGCUGCAAUUACCGUUCUAUCGCCAGAAUUGGGUGCAAAUUUGGCUGGUCGAUUGGAUAAUGCUGAAGAAGAGGAAAUGUCAACGUCGGGCGUGAGUACAGUUAACUCGACCAAAAUGAAGCCUAGCGGUGACACUAAAUACUUGAAUGAAGAAUUCUCCAAAUUAAAAGUUCAGAAUAUGCAUCUCAUGCAAAAUUUACUUGAAUCGCAUAAACUGUAUCAGGCACUUUUAAAAUCGACAAUCGAAGAGCAACGCCUGAAUUUAGAUUUGUUGCGAAAUUUUAGUUCGCAACUGACAAACGCCACUGUGCUUUAUGAACGCAGUAUUUCUCAAGGUUAUCAUAGUGAUGUUAGUGAUAUGACCGUGGGACGAACUCAAAAUGAUCUAUCACCGAAUUCAAUAACCGAAGUGGAUGCCAUCAAUAACAAUAACAAUAAUCGAAAUAUGGAAUCGAAUUUACCAAGAAAAUCCGUUUUAAUCACAAACCAAAAUCAAUGUAAAGCAGACGCACAACCAAAAAUCACAUCACCUGGACGACGAUUAAUCGGUAAUCGUGAACAAAAUGCACUCACUUCGAUACCAGUGGAUGCACGUCUUAAUGACUGGCUGAAUGCAACAAAUAUCGAUUCGAUUUCGAAGAAUUUAAUUCUAGCCGAACAAUUUACGUACGAUGAUUUUAUUUAUGGGAUGGAAAAAACCGAUUUACAACGCAUUGGAUUGAAAUGCGGGGUUGAGGUAAAAGUUUGGCGUGCAAUUAUCAAGCAUCGUACACAAUUCCCAGACGCAACACAGAUUGAUAUAUGAAAGCGGAAACGAUAUACACGAAACUAGAUAUUGAUCAAACGAACCAACAACAAAGAAACAUUGCAAUGCGCACAAAAUGAUGUGGCUUAUCCCCAUUUAUAAUUUGUUUUAUAAUUUUUUUUUUUUUUGUUUUUAGUUUUUGUUUUGCCAUAUUAGCAAAUAGAAUAAUGAAUACGGAUUCAUCAUCGUCGUCAGGUUGAUCAUAGUGAUUUUAUUUUCAAUUCAAAUCCGAGUUAUUUUUCAUACAAAAAUAGCUUGCUAACGAAUUGAAUAUGCAGCUAAUGUUAUAAUAUGGAACCCAUCAUCAUGAUUUAAAAAAAAAUGUUACAAAAUUAGGAGUAAGAAAGUCUAUUUUUCUAAGGAGAACAUUUUCAUACCCCAUAAACGAAAAUUA